UCUCCACAAAACCUCAUCCAUGUAGAGAUUUGUUAAAACUAAUUUUAAUUUCCAUGUUGCACAAUUCAAUACACUUUUGGUGUAAAUAUAAUCCGAGCAGUAGCCCAUCGCCUGCGAAUGAGUCAAAACAGUAAAUACCCACCUCUUCACAUAAACACUCAUGCUCCACUUGGGAGAUUUCUCCUCCUCCUCCUCCUCUUUAUAAACCAGGGAAACCCAUCGGAGCUGUAGACGCUCUCAGAUGGAGAUUACUGACAGACUGCAGCAGACGCACGACGAAGAAGCCAGCUGUAAAUGUCGCUCCGGGAUUUGCAAACCAAACGCGUCUGCGAUGCUCGAGUUUAACUUUGUUCUUAAUGCGCGUCUUUGCGUUUGAAUUUGGGAUUAUAGAAAGUUUAAUCUGUUUUUAUCAGCCCCAUUAAGGUUGAGAUAAAUUAUUUCUGAGUGUAACUGCUGCAGACAACAAAGUUUCAUAAACAGGACAGAGUUUAUGCUCCUCUUUGUGAUCUAAGGAACUGAUGGACAUUUAUGAUGCGUAUCUGAAGCGGGUGAAACGCUUUUAAAGGGACUUUAAGGCGAGGUCGACAAGUUUUACUUUGUUUUUGGGGUGUUUACCCUAAUAUAAGUUAAAGCACCACAGUUCAUCUAAUUUUCACGUCGCUCCGGCACCAUGCUGUCCAGUGUGCGCCGGCACAGCCUCCGCCUGCAGACGGAGCUCCACCGCUGGAGCAUCUGCGACCCGGGCAGCCACCUGCUCACCGACAGCCUCCUGGCCCGCGUCCCCGCCUGCAUCUCCCGCUCCAAGUCCUGCAACAGCUCCGCCGGGGAGUCGGACGGGAGCCGCGGGAGCUGGUCAUCUUCAGACUCGGUCAUUUCCACCGACUCCGCCGGGGAGCCCACGGAGCCCGGGGGCCCGUAUCGGGUGGUGCUUUUAGGGGCCAGCGGGGUGGGCAAGACGGCGUUUGCAAGCAUCUUCGCCGGGGCGGCGGACAGCAUGGACAGCGACGACUGCGAGCUAUGUGGAGAUGAAGUUUGUGAAAAGGAAAUUGAAGUGGACGGAGAACCUGCAACUAUAACUCUGCUUGACACAUGGGAUGCAGAGACUGAUGAUGAAUGGGCUCGGGAGCACUACAUGCAGACAGGUGAUGCCUACCUGCUGCUGUACUCUGUGACCGACCGGACCUCCUUCCUGCGAGCCUCCGAACUUCGGAUAACCCUGCGCCGCUUCCGUCCUGCCCAGCACACCCCGAUCAUCCUGGUGGGAAACAAAUGUGACCUGGUGCGACGUAGAGAGGUGUCAGCCAGCGAGGGUCGUGCCUGUGCUGCUGUGUUCGACUGCAAGUUUAUCGAAACCUCAGCCGCCAUGCAGCACAACGUCUGGGAGGCUUUUCACGGCAUGGUGCGUCAGCUGCGUCUACGCCGAGACUCUAAAGAAGCCAACAAGCGUCGCAGGCACAUAAGCUGCAGCACACGCCGUGAGAGCCUUCCCAUGAAGGCCAAACGCUUCCUUGACAAGGUGGUAGCAAAGAACAAUCCCAGUGUGGCGUUCUGGCUGAAGUCAAAGUCCUGCCACGACCUCUCUGUGCUGUAGGAGACCUACAGACUCUUGUUUUUUAACCUUGCACCAAACGUUUGAGCAGGUGAACAAGUUUCAGCCUGGAGAUCAGAAUAAG